AUGACUCAUACCACCACCAAAGAUGGGUCCGCCGACCACAUCGAGCACCUCGAAAAGGGUCUCGCCACACCAUCAACCUCAUCCAACACCAUUGACCUAAAGCUCGCAGCCAAGCUGCGCCAUCGAGUCGACUGGCGUCUAAUCCCAGCCCUAGGCGCCAUGUAUGGUAUCAGUCUCAUGGAUCGCAAGAACGUAAGCAACGCUGCGAUAGCUGGCAUGCUUUCCGAUCUGCGCAUGAGCCGUGGAUACGGAUACAACCUUGUCAACCUGUGCUUCUUCAUCACAUACGUCCUAUGCCAGCCGUUCAUGAUCAUCGUAUGCCGCAAAGUCGGGCCGCGGCUGUUCUUGCCUGGUAUCUGCGUUGCGUGGGGCGCGGUCAUUGUUGGGUUUGGAUUCACGAACAACUGGCAGAGUCUAAUUCCAUUGAGGUUGGUGCUGGGGUUGCUUGAGAGUGGAUAUUUUCCUGGUUGUCUCUAUCUUUUAUCAUGCUGGUACACGAAGUCGGCAUUCUUGCAUAUGGGCUACAGCAGAUGGAAGGUGUCCAGGGAAUCCGUGGAUGGCGGUGGUCAGAUCUUCAUCAUGGAAGGUGUGAUUACAAUCGGCGUCGCGCUAUUCGCCAUCACAUUCAUUGUGAAAUUUCCAGACGAAGAAAAGGCCAAACCGUCCUGGGGCUUUCUCAAACCCCACGAGCUUGACGUAGUGAUCGAUCGGCUCAAUGCCGAUAGAAACGAUGCGACGGCAGAGAAAUUCUCCUGGAAAAAGUUCCUGGAGCCAGCAAAGGACUGGUACAUCUACGCGUUCGCACUCAUCCUGCUCUUCGUCACAACCAUCGCGUACGGUUUCGCCUUCUUCUUGCCCAUCAUUUUGUCCACCAAGCUCAAGUUCAGCAUAGCGAUGAGUCAAUGUCUCGGUGCACCUCCGUACGCUGCGAGUGGCUUCUUGAUGUACGGUGCAGCGUGGUUCAGCGACAAGUACAAGACGCGUGGUCCCGUGCUGGUGGUCUUGUGCUUGGUUUCGCUCAUCGGAUUGCCUAUCAUGGGCUUCGCGUCAAACCCUUGGGCGCAAUACGUUGGUGUAUUCAUUACUGUAUCGGGCACCAACUCUGCAAUUCCAAGCGUCAUGGCUUACCAGGCGAACAACAUCCGUGGGCAGUGGCGACGCGCAUUCUGCUCGGCUUCGUUGACAGGUAUUGGGGGAAUUGGCGGCAUCGCAGGUGCUCUCAUUUUCAGGACGGAAGAUGCGCCGUCCUACGUACCGGGGUUUGCUGCGUGUAUGGCGUGCAAUGUUUUGGUCAUUCUGCUGGUUGGAGUCUUGACUUUGUGGUUCAGGAGCGAGAACGCAAAGGCUGAUCGAGGGGAGAAAGUGUUGUUGGAGGACCCUAAUUUCCGCUUCACUAUCUAG